GAAUUUGCAUCUGAUUGCUGUUUGUCAACCAAUGGUUUCCCUCAGCCGCCGCGGACACGCCUCAGUUUAGGCAAAGAUGCGAUCUUCCUUACAGAUGUGAUCCUAUGUCGAAAUCAAACCGAAUUAAUAUAGUAUUAGGUCCGCGCAUAUGAGCUGUACACCGCACCGUGUUUGGGGAAAUUGGGGAAAACUGUUAGCUGCAUCCAACACUGCGCCACCGCGCCGCGGAGAGCUCUUGUUUUCACGGGGAAAUCAGGAAUGUGUCUUCCGGUUCCCAGGAGUGCAGAAAACAAAACGGCAGCUGAUUUGACCCUGUUAGAUCUUGGCACUCUGCGUGGGAGGAAGAUCCUACUCUCUGAAGCCUGCUGCAGUCUGUAGUGUCGGCGAAAGCCGUGUCUUCCACAGAAACUUGGUCAAACACUCAGGAACUUCCCUCAGUACCGAUCUACCACGAAAAACAGAAGCAGUUUUUGUGAGCUCUGAGAGUUAAUAAGUAUUCAUUUAUUGUAUUAAAAGCCCCACUCAUUAGAAUCUAGCGGGCCUGAUUGGUGCCUCUUUGUUGGAGAGAGGAGGCAAAGGAGGCGAUAUUGCAGUGCAUCCUGUUUGCCUGGAGAUGAAGCUGCAGGCAGUGAUGGAGAACUUGCACAGGCAACAGCAGGCCAAACUGCUCAUGGAGAUGGAGCAGCAGCAACAACAGCAGCAGCAACAGGUGGGACAGUUGCAGAGCUCUCCCCCCAGAGGAGAGGAGCUGAAAUUAAGCUCCACCUCCGAGACAGAACGCGCUCAGAUGGCUGCGUUGGCGGCCAUGAGGGCCGUGGCAGCUGGGCUGCAGAGACAUCCGACAGCUGACAGCCCAAUGUCGCAGCACAGCAGCGCCGGAGAGGAGGAUGAGGAUGAAGUGGAGGAACAAGAAGAAGGAGAAGAGCAGUAUAGGGAUAUGAUGGGGUCAGAAGAGGAGGAGCAGAUAAAGCAGAAAUGGGAUGAGGAUGACUUUGAGGGAGAGAUGGAAGAAGACUAUGAUGAUGACCUUGCUGAUGAAAGUUUGCAGGCAGGUCGUGAGGCUGUAGCACCAGGCAGAGGAAUCCUGCUCCUGCCCCAUCGUCAACUCCACCCCUACUCGCAGCAGCUGAAACCCCGGCCAGCGUCCGAACCCGAACCCCGAGCCUCCAAUCUAUCAGUGCACCCCUCACACAGCCAGCUCCAUGGCCAAGACCAUGCAGACUGGACCUACGAGGAACAGUUCAGACAGCUUUAUGAAUUGGACAGCGAUCCAAAGCGGAAAGAGUUCCUGGAUGAUUUGUUCAGCUUCAUGCAGAAGAGAGGGACCCCUGUGAACAGGAUCCCCAUCAUGGCCAAGCAGGUGCUGGAUCUGUACAUGCUGUACCAGCUGGUGACAGAAAAGGGGGGGCUGGUCGAGGUCAUCAAUAAGAAGCUGUGGAGAGAGAUCACCAAAGGCCUGAACCUGCCGACCUCAAUCACCAGUGCUGCCUUCACUCUCAGGACACAAUACAUGAAGUACCUUUACCCAUAUGAAUGUGAAAAGCGGGGUCUGAGCAACCCCAACGAGCUCCAGGCUGCCAUAGACAGUAACCGUCGUGAAGGACGCCGGCAAGGCAGCUCCCUCUUCAUCUACUCCCCCAACGGGACGCCCACUAUGCUCUCAUCCACCAAGCUCUCCAUGCCCAGUAUGGGCCUUUCUAUGGCCACCAAUGGGGCUUCACUCUCCUCCUUGCAGAAAGUCAAGAAAGAAGAUGAUGGUGGUCAGUCUCUUGCUGCCACGAGCAGCAGACUGCCUGGGGCUCUGGCCACUCAAUCUGUGGCUGCGGCUCAGGCAGCAGCCGUGCAGGCAGCAGCAGCACAGGCUGCCAUGGCUGCUCAGGUAGCCGCACUGGAGCAGCUGCGGGACAAGCUGGAGGCAGGUGAGCCACCGGAGAAAAAGAUGGCCCUGCCAAUGGAGGAACACCAGCGUCUUCUUCAGAGGGCUCUGCAGCAAAAUCUGCUGGCGAUGACUGCACAGAUGCCCAUGAACAUUCGCAUCAACAGUCAAGAUGGCAGACAGGAUUCAGCCCUCAGCCUUACCACGAAUGGCAUGAGCAGCAUCAGUAUGUCAGUGGAACUCAAUGGAGUUGUCUACACUGGUGUACUUUUUGCUCAAGCUACGGGUCUAACCUCAUCAGGAGCAUCUAACAAAAAUCCAGGAGGCCGCAGCAGUUCCCAGACGUUUCCACAGACACCUACCUCAUCCACCUCCACCAAUCCAUCACCUUAAACACCUCACACCCUUCCUGUCUCAAAGCUAGCUAAAGCCAAAAAUCAACCUCAUUUUCUAAAGCCUAUGCCAAAAAAAGCAUGAUGCAGGAAUAACAAAUUCUCAGACCAUUUAACAUACACUAUCUCAGGUUCUCUUUCUUGUCACUCUUUUGUUCAGUAGCCAAGAUGAACUAAAAGAAGAAAAUACCAACAAAAGAGUUUAUUGUAAAGAUAAACUUAUAUAAUAUAUGCAAAAUCUGUGAAUAAUUUAUUUCUUUUCUGGGUACACAUUGCUUGGAAUUAGCAGACUAGAAACGGUAGCACACUGUUUACACACCUGCUGGCUGACGAAGCUUCUCGUUAACAGGAGAAACAAACAUUUUCAUAAUACAGUUAUUUUCAUUAGUGUUCUGAAACUUAUAAAAUGUAAAUAAGGUUCUAAACUCUACAUGUAUAUCUAGAGUGCCUUGUGGAACAUCUUUUCAACAGUUUUGGCAUUUACCACAGCAGACUCAUCUAAACUCUUCCCAACAGGAACGUGUAAGAUUUUGUGCUUGGUUUCUGACACAGUGGGCUGAGUGCCUGGUCGCUUGGCGUUUUGGAAAGCUCAUUGGAGAACAGUUUGUAGUUACUAGUGAAAUGCCAAUCAUUUAUUUUGGUUGCAAGUUCUGGAGUCUAAUAUGGUAAAAGUCUUGCUUAUGUGUGAGUGAGGAAUGUUAGUGCUGCAUUAUCACCAAACGUGGAUAUAUUUUUCCAAGACAGGGUAUACAUGCCUCUGUGUGUGUGUG